CAAACAGACAACACAAUCAUACUUAACAUUAAAAGUUAAAACACACCCCCUCAUACUUAACAUAUGCCUUGUGGGUCAAUUCUCUCUCAGUAGCAACAACUUACAUUCAUCAUUAAUCUUGUGGAUGUACACAAUUGCAAAUUGCUUCAAUUUUAGUGGCUCAACGAAACCCCUCUUUUUCUAAUUUAUUUAUGUGAUAACUAUAAUUCGAGGUUUAGCAUCAUUAUACAUAAUAGGCCUUCAGCUGCAUUUAUCAGUUACUUAUCACCCUCUCAAGUCUCAAGUACAAGAUUUGGAGAGAGAAAAAAACCUUCUGGUCUUUCUAUUAGAAACGUGGGGGAGUUUUCUUUGUUUUUUUCCAAUUUCUGUGGGAUAGGAACAAGCAUUCACAUAGGGCAAGUCUUGAAUAGUCAAAUUUCACUUCCAAUUGUAGUGCUAUAAAUUAAGGGGUUGGUUUGGUUGCAUUUGUUGCUGUCUGGGUUUGGUGUUUGAUUUUUGAGGAUUAUUAAUGUCUUUUUCUGCUGCAUAUCCUGUCUAUGAGGUUGCAAAGGAUGCAGCUGGAGUCGCAGGGAAUAUCUUUGCUUUUGGGUUGUUUGUAUCUCCCAUACCUACAUUUAGGAGAAUUAUCAGAAAUGGAUCAACUGAAAUGUUCUCAGGAUUGCCAUAUAUUUACUCUCUCAUGAACUGCUUGAUCUGCAUGUGGUAUGGCACGCCUCUGAUAUCGCCCGAUAAUUUGUUGGUAACGACAGUUAAUUCGAUCGGAGCAGUAUUUCAGUUUGUGUACAUAAUUAUCUUCCUUGUGUAUGCUGAGAAAUCAAAAAAGGUGAGAAUGUUUGGACUAUUGCUGGCAGUUAUCGGCGUUUUUGUGAUCAUUUUAGUUGGGAGCUUGCAAGUAACUGAUAGUCAAACACGCCGAAUCCUUGUUGGAUUCUUGAGCUGUGCUUCCCUCAUUUCAAUGUUUGCCUCACCUUUGUUUAUAAUUAAAUUGGUCAUUCAGACAAAGAGUGUCGAAUUCAUGCCGUUUUAUCUCUCGCUCUCCACCUUCCUAAUGAGCACCUCCUUUUUGGUUUAUGGAUUGCUCAAUGAGGAUCCCUUCAUUUAUGUGCCAAAUGGGAUAGGAACUGUUCUGGGAAUCAUACAGUUGGUAUUAUAUUUCUAUUUCGAGAGUAAAUCUAGAGAAGAAUCCGGAGAACCUUUGAUAGUGUCAUAUGCGUGAUUAGUACUUCCGAAAACAAAAGUGUUAUAACGUGUCAUUGAUUAAUCAACCUGAAAUAUCAUUCAUCAAUGAGAAUAUGCACUUGGUUUUUUCCCAUCUAAUUAACAAAUGACACCAAAUUAGUCCUUCAAAGACCUUAGGCUUUGAUUGUUUAUGGACACGGAACACUGAGGCAGGGACACGGAUACGGAGACACAAAAUCAUAUUUGAGAUAUGAGACAUGAACUCAUUUUUAUUUUUCAUUAUUCUUAUCAAUUUUUCAUAAUUUAAUUUUUUAUUAUUAUAUUUUUCUUCGUAAAUUUUUUGUGUAAAAGAAAAUGAGAGUAAAUUAGUCUUUCAUAAUUUGUUCUUUCUUAUAUAUAGUUUAUCACCAAACAAAAUACAAAAAUACUAAUUUUUUUGUAUUUAUAUUUUUUGUAUCUUGUUAUGAGUGUCCUGUCUUAUUUUGUUCUAAAAACUAACAUAGCCUUAUAUAUCAAUUUGUCCUUUCAUAGCACAUAACCAUUAGGAUAAUAUACAACAAAGGACCAAAUAAAUGUGUACUUCAAACAUUGAAGGACCAAAUUGAUAACAAAAUUUUUUAGAGAACAUACUUGAUGUGCCAUAAUAAACUUUAUGAGUAGUUCUCGUUA